AUGUGCCACAACUGCAGGGUGGGUGUACUCCGCCCCCCGUGGCCCGCAGGGGACGCCUUUGCCCUCUCUGUGGACCUGCGUGGCGCAUGCGCGGUCAGGCCCCGGGACUUCCCCUCUGACGCCGGCGGGAGCCAGGAUUCCUCGGGCUCCAGUGCGGCUCCGUCCAGGACAUCGCCGUCCGCGGCCGCCGUGAAAGCUCGGUUUUCUAAGGAGCCGCGGGACAGAAAGGCAGGAGGGAAGCACUACCACCCAACCUGUGUCGGGUGUGUGCGCUGUCACCAGAUGUUCACCGAAGGGGAGGAGAUGUACCUCACAGGUUCUAAGGUUUGGCACCCCAUCUGCAAACAUGCAGCCCGGGUAGAGAAGAAGUUGAAGCACAGGUGGAUGUCAGAAACUUCCAUCUCACCGCCUGGGUCCAGCAUUGGGUCACCCAACCGAGUCAUCUGUGCUAAAGUGGAUAAUGAGAUCCUUAAUUACAAAGACCUGGCCUCUCUCCCCAAGGUAAAGUCCAUCUAUGAGGUACAACACCCCUACCUCAUUUCCUACGAGCCCCAUUCCAGAUACACUUCCGACAAGAUGCUGGAGAGGUGUGGCUAUGGAGAGUCGCUCGGAACAUUAUCUCCCUACUCCCAGGACAUCUAUGAGAACCUGGACCUCCAGCAGAGACGGGCCUCCAGCCCUGGAUACAUCGACUCCCUGACCUACAGCCUUCAGGGCAUGUCUCCCACACUCUCCUGCUCGCCCCACCACUACUACCACUCUGCUGGAGAAAGUAAUAUCUACCAGACGCCCCCAAUCUACAAAUGGCAUGGCGAUCUGUCAACAGCAACCAAGAGCAAAACAAGUGAAGACAGCCAGGCCUCCAAGUACAGUCCAGCCUACUCACCAGACCCCUACUAUGCUGCAGAGUCUGAGUACUGGACCUACCAUGGGUCCCCCAAAGUGCCCCGAGCCAGGAGGUUCUCAUCUGGAGGAGAGGAAGAUGAUUUUGACCGUAGCAUGCACAAGCUCCAGAGUGGGAUCGGCCGGCUGAUUCUGAAGGAGGAGAUGAAAGUCCGGUCUAGCUCAUACGCAGAUCCCUGGACCCCACCCCGGAGCUCCACCAGCAGCCGGGAGGCCCUACACACUGGCUAUGAGAUGUCCCUCAAUGGCUCCCUUUGGUCCCACUACCUGGCUGACAGCGAUCCACUCAUCUCCAAAUCUGUCUCCCUGCCUGCCUACAGAAGAAAUGGGCUGCACAGGCGCCACCUGUCCCAGGAGGAGUUCUACCAAGUCUUCGGCAUGACCAUCUCCGAGUUUGACCGGCUGGCCCUCUGGAAGAGGAAUGAACUGAAGAAGCAAGCCUGGCUGUUCUAGGCAGAGGCUUUAUAAAUAUAUAUCCAUUUAUAUAAAGAUAUAUGUAAAUCUCUAUAUGAAGCUUGGUAUAAUCCUCUCUGUGUAAUGGGACACACUGCCCACCAUGAGACUUGCUGUUCUGCACUGUCAGGCCAGCCCACAUCAUAAAGAUGUUUUUAUGCUCCUUUCUUUCUCUCUUCUAAGUGCUGUGGGGUUUGGGAAGGGAUUUGAGGGGACUCCUAUCCUUUUGCUGGGGAUCCUUUUUAUACUGAAACAUCUGUCCUAACUUGAGUCCCCCAGGAUCCAACUCUCUUUGCUAAAGGAGGUGCCUGAAGAUGUUUCUCUCCUCUCUGCUUCCUGGAAUUUCCCCUCAGUCUCUGGGGCAGAUGCUGACCAUGCAGUUUCACAUCUUACUGGACCCAGAGGGGCCCCCAUGGGAGGAUCACAAUGAGCACUGAACACCUUUGAGAGCCCAUGAAGAAUUUUCUCAUCAUCCCCAGUUAGGAGUUCAGUGCUUCUGAUUGGUGACACCAUCAGCAGUGUGGACCUUGGGUCUGUUCCUGAUAGCAGCAAACAGAAGUGGACAGAGACUUGGCCUCUCAGCUCUCAGGCCUUGUCCUUCUGCCCUUGAUCCUAACCUCUCCUU